AAUAUGUUUGGUAUCUACAAGAGUAAAGUUGGACUUACAAACAAUUGGACAUGCAAACAAGCCUCAGGAACUAAACUCGUUCAUAAGUAGAGGAGCACCUGCAUAUUUCUGUAUGUAAAGUACACUACUGUAUUGUGUGCAAGUGAUAUGGGUGCAGUAGUGAAAUACACUAUCUUUUUUUUUUUUUUUAUGAACUUUAAGAUGGAGAGUGGUUUGUUUACUCAAACUCUUGUUAUGACAAUUUAAUAAAAUAGAUUGUUAUUAAAAGUUGUACAGUAUUAAAAAAUUUCACCUCUAGAUUCAGUGUAUCUAUUGAUUAUUGAAUCCCAGUACUGUGUUACACAAAAAUUGUGUUGUAUGCAGUUAAAAUAUUGGACUGGUAUAUAUACUGUACACUACUGUACUGUACACAAUAGAUAACACCCCACCAACUCUUGUACUGUAGUGGAGUUGAUCUGAGCACUAUUGACCAACUUGUAAAAAAUCCUAACUUGGUAAACAGCCCUAAUACUUGGAGUGGAAUGACAGAAGCUUGAAAAUACAUCCUGAAUUGUAAUGUAUUUAUCUGAUUGAUCCCUUCACGAUGGGGACGUCACUUUUAAUAUUUUAAUUAGCUGACACCAGAAGAUUUUCUUCAGCAUAGAGAGACCCCCAUAUAUAAGGAGUUAAUGUACAGUUGCUCUAAAAACUAUAUUUACUAGGGGGGAUCAAUGAAUUUGAGAAUGAACACUGUGACUUCUGUUGUCUCAGUAAGGUUGUCAACGUCUUGGUCCGCAUAUUGUCAAACAUAAUUUUUGUAAAGAUAGUUUUUUAGCAACUGUACUGUACACUCAUUAGUUUAAAAGGGAGUUUCACGCAUUAGAUGAUUAUGCUGAAGGAAGUGACAAACUCAAGUUGGCCUUUAAAGGGAUCAUCUGUCAGUGUUUAUCCUCACUAGUUCACCUGAAUACUGUCAUGUCUAAACAUCAAGGAUCAUCCACUAGAAGGUUUUGCUGAAGUUCAAGAAUAUUGUAUUUGAAUACACUAAAAGAGUUCUAUUUCAGAUAUGUGAGUGGUAAAAGUAUGAACAAAGCUGAGAGAGCAGUGUAGUAACCAUGUCCAAAGGAUUAAAAAAAAAAUAAUAAUAAUUCUGCCACUGUUCAGUGCUAGUACAGGGGGAAACCAGAAUAACUGGAGGAACCUUGUGAUGAUUGGUAGUGAGGGUUACACUGGAUGACAUCCUUCACAUGUGUCUGGGCCAAACAGGACUCAAACCCAUGACAUGGUUGUGAGAAAUACUUUGAGUUACUGCUGUACGACCAACACUCCCUAAUUUUUGUAAAAAAUAUGAUUGUGUUCUGUCUCCCAGCAGAUUAUACAAUACUGUAUACCAGUAAUAUAAAUGUUUUGCUUUGGUAGACAAGAUCUAUGUUGGGGUCUGGGGUCUGAUACAGAAGUGUAGCAUACAGCAUUUGGUAACUGAAGGCUGAGAUGAUCUUAUACAUUGGCGUUGUGCUGUUGUCUGAUGGUACUUGACUACUGUAUUUUAAAUGAUGGAUGAAAUAAAAUGCAUAUCAAAGACACACCUUACAGGAAUUUGGUAAUAUAUAUAACAGUAAGAAACAAUGCUGCUGGGUCGUCCAUGGGUCGUGGAUGGUGGCCUGGCCUCAGCCUUACAAGAUGAUGGCUUUUCUGUGGAUGGACACCCACUCUGGAGUGCCCGCAUCCUGGCCACCAAUCCUGGAGCAGUCAGGAAGGUUCAUACAACAUUCUUAGAGGCAGGAGCAGACAUCAUCAUCACAGCCAGCUACCAGGCAAGCAUUCCAGGGUUCCAGGAUCACCUGGGUACUACACAAGAUGAAGCAGAGAGGAUUAUGAACACCUCAGUGUCAUUAGCCAAGGAAGCAAUCCAAGAAUACGAAAGUAAAUUCACUGACAAAGUUCGAAAGCUGCUAGUUGCUGGCUCCAUUGGUCCUUAUGGUGCAUGUCAAGCUGAUGGCUCAGAGUAUACUGGUGCUUAUAUGUGUAAAGUUACUCCUGAAUAUCUCAAAGAGUGGCACAGACCUCGUAUGGCAGCUCUGGUUAAUUCUGGAGUGGACCUCCUGGCAGUUGAGACUAUCCCAGCUCAGGCUGAAGCCUUGGCAAUUCUAGACCUACUUCAAGAGUUCCCAGACACAAAAGCCUGGUUGAGUUUUUCAUGUAAGGAUAGUCAGCACACUAAUUAUGGAGAUGAUUUUGGGGAAGCUGUCAAGAAGUGUCAUGAGAGAGCAGUAGAUCAGCUGAUAGCAGUCGGCCUAAACUGUACUCCACCACAGUAUGUCACUUCACUGCUGGAGAAAGCAGACACAAGCCUUCCUUCACCCUCCAUACUUCCCAGAGUUGUGUAUCCUAACUCUGGAGAGGAAUGGGUCGCUGGCAAGGGGUGGGCUGGUAGAAGUGCACAUUGGCCUUUCUUGAACGAGGUUAAAAAAUGGCAAGUACUCGGUGCAUCUGUGAUUGGUGGAUGUUGUCGACUAAGACCCAAUGAUAUCAGAGACAUUGCUAGUGUUGUAGCUCCCAUUUCUAAGAGAGAUAUAUAGUGGGUAUUAAAGCAGGUACUAGAGUG